AUGGGCAAACUCAUCAAGAACCACUGGGCUCGCCUCAUCAUCCUCACUGCUGCUAUAUUCCAAUUGGCUGCUGGCAUCCAUGGCUUCUUCUGGCCAAAGAUAUUCUGGGACUUCCUGACCAAGAAUCUCGAUGCAGCGGUUAAGCCGGUCCCUAUAUUACAGAUCCUCAAUGUCCUGCUAGGACUGCUAGCGCUGGCCUGGGAGUGGCCACUGAAGCCGUUGGCGGGGACCCUGUUCCACCGCAGCAUCGAAAUCAGGCUCGUCAUCCUCCCUCUCAGUGCACUUGCUUCGGUGUUACUAUAUCAAGGAACAAACCCUGCCAUAUACUAUCUUAUUGGCAUGGCUGUGUACUUUUGGGGGUACAGCGAAGGAGAGACUGUAUGUCCCGAGCCAUGGACGCUACCACGACGAAGACCAAUACCGAUAGAAUCAAAGGUAUAA